CGCGGCCUCGCCGGAGUGCACGCCCGCCAGGACGUACGCCGCGUCGUCCGCGUCGACCGCGGGGUCGUCGCUCCGGCGGAGCUCGAGGGGCGUCACCGGCGACCCGGCGACGGCCGACGCCUGGGCUCCGCGGACGGGCAGCUCGAUGACCACCGCGUCGUCGCCGCGGUUGAUCCACGUCGCGACGCACCGCGCGGGCGACAUGGCCACCGGCGGCGCCGCGGACCAGCGGUGGAAGUGCGGCAUGCUCGUGGCCUCGCCGCGCCGCAGGUCGUCGAUCGACCGCACGAGGAACCCCGGCCGCACGCACCCGACGCGGCUCAGGUAGCUCUCGCCCACGGCGACGGGCGCGGUCGCGGCGUCGCUGGCGCCCGGCGCCUCGUCGCGGCGCGGCCGGGCGAGCGCGAGCUCGACGAACGCCGCGACGCGCAGCUGGCCGUCGAGGCGGUAGAGGACGCCGCCGGCGCCCGAGGUGCCGGGCGUCGUCGCCAUAUAGCAAGCUUGGUGCCGCCAAGUUGGAGCAGGCUCGAUCCUAGCCAGGCGCGACGAGCCCCUAAAACCAGGGUCUCGCGCGCAGCUAACAAGAGUCCCUCCCUAUCCUGGUUUGCAAUGUACAUUCACUAG